GGUCCAAACGCACAUGCACCACCCAGUGCUUCAUGAACAGCUGAAGCCGACACGUUAAUAUCGAUUGACAUCUCAACACCCAACACCUUGAAUCCCUAUCAGCGAAGAGGCCUUCCUUGCUUGUUCCCUGGAGUGGACGCUCACAGCCCUCUCCCUCUCCCUCAGUCAGCGACCUCCUCUGCCGGCCGUCGCUCCCCCGGACUGGCUGCUGCUAGCGAUGGUCGGUGGUCUUGUCCGAAUGAUUCCACUCAUGAAUUGGCCCACCCAGUUCCGCAAUCCUCUGGUCUCCCGCUCUGUCACACGCUGGGCUGCCCACUCUUGGUAGCUGAGCCUCGGACCUCCAAAUACUUCAGCGAAGCGUCGAAUGGGGCUCCCGCAGCUGGACUGCUGGGGGCUGUUUGUGCAAUCCAGCCGAAAUAUCGUUGAGGGGUCGUCGGCAAGAGGGUCGUCAACAUAGUCCAAUCCAAAGAGCCCCUCCAUCGCCAGCUCGACCUCGAGGACUCUGCUGGUUGUGAUGGCCUGCAGCUGGCUGGCCACUUGUGUGGCGGUGGGGCGCAAGGCGGGGUCUAGGUGGAGCAUGCUGGUCAGCAGAAGCCGAAGGGGAGCGGGAAUGAAUGAAGGCAGAGGCAGCAGGGGAUGGCGAUUCUCUGCAUUCACAGACAAACCAGAGAGAUGGAAGUAUGAGAAUGGGUGAGCCCUCUUGACGCGACGUUUCUUACUGGUCCGCUGUUGACGUCGGAAGAGGUCUUGCAGAAUCCGGCCACAAACAUCGACAUCGGCAGCCCUGCCCACAAAUUCUCCUCUGCCCUCCCUCUGGGCAAAGUCAAGCCCCCCCAGCAGCAGCCUCUUGCCGUCCUUCGACAGCUUGAUGGCAUCUGCCGUCAAAUAGCCAUGAGCUAUGCCCUGAAAGCACACACAAAAAGAUCGAAACAAGUGUAAUGUCUUCACUUCUCUCUCCCUUCCCCUCUGUCCACCCAUGGCUUACGCUCUUGUGCAUGUGGGCCACGGAGUCGAUGAGUUGUGUCGCGAUGCUCAUGGCGAGUGGAAGCCCGACAGCUCGGCCGUUGUGGCGGCCGAUGAAGGCCUCUAGGGACUCCGAGUCCGCCAUGUACUCCAUGACGAGAACAGGCUGGCCGAGCUCCUGGUAAGCCCCUACCAGGCCGGCAAUGUUGGGGUGCUCCCCCAUCUCCAGAAGCAGCGACAGCAUCUAAAGCAGGCAACACAACACAAAGGACAUAGAACUGAUUGGGAGAAGGCUCUUUUUUGAUGCCUCACUAUGCACAGCCGGCUACCUCUGUCGCACUGUUGCGGCCGCCCACGUUCCUGCCGUCGACCUGGCGGUAGACCGUCAUCUCGACGGUUUCCCUGCACACAGACAUUAACACGCAUCCAACAGACACAUACGUCGUCCACAUGAAUGCGGUCUCUGUGUGCACCGGAUCUUCCUCACCGCAGGUUGCCGGGCCUGCUCAUGAGGCCCACCAUCUUGGACGUCCAUCCCUGGUCGUCGUCGAUGGCGGGCUGGGCAGGCAGCGGCAUCACCUGCUGGGGCUCGAAGGGCGGCAGGAGGGCUCGGUGGGUGGCCAAAAAGUGGCCGAAGCCUGGACACACAGACACAUGGACGAGGAUACGAGCGUGAUCCAUCUCCAUUCCUUCCCUGUUUGACUUACCCCUCGAUGCGGGGCUGCCCUCUUGUGGAUUGUGGGGGAGGGGGAUGGAGGGGAGGGGGCUGGGGAGGGGGGGAAGCACUGGGGGCGAGAGGGGCGCGAGGUCCUCUGCCUCGAGGACGGCGGGAGCUGUUCGGCUCGUCAUUGUGGUUUUGUGGAGACGGAGGGGGCAGCCUGUCCCCACAACGGUCGCAGAUCUCCGAGUCCAAGUUAGAUCUGCCAAUGCGCGUGCUGUUCGCGCAUUCUGUGUGUGUCUUUCCAAUAAGACUUGGUCAGCCGAUUCUAAGAUGGUCGUACGGAUGAGUCACUGUCGGGUUAUCCACUGUCGGGGUGUUUGACCUGUAUCAGGCCCACAUUGACUGACAGCCAACAAAUACGUCUCCAACGGACACAGGAAGAGACAACACACACACACGGCCUCCUGACGUCCCUCUCACAACAUGAUGCACGACGUGGAAAAAGCGACACCAUGAUAUAAAAUGUAGAAGACGAUAAGAGGCUGGCUAGAACGAUAACAGGUUUGUCUCUCUGUCUGUCUAUCUAUCGGACUCGUAUGUGCACCCGCAAGCGACCACACUCCCCUCCGGUGGAAACGCGGGCGGCACCAUAGAGACACACAAACUAUGUCGGAUAUAAAAUGUAGGCAGUGAUAGGAGACACGCUCGCUGGGGGCUACGCUUGCAGCUGCAGCCGCCUCCCGAACUGCACGAUGGCUUCUCGAUGCCGCUGACAGAACUCUUUUCUGCGACCGGUCCCGUAUCGGCCGCACCGCAGGAUGCAGCGGGUGCUGUGCCGUCACUCAAACGCUUUCAGCAGAGAGAUCUUCAACUCCCAGUGCCCAUCUAAUCCCUGGGGCAGCGUGCUCACAUCCCCUGCCCCGUCCACCCCACCGUGUCGGUCUUUCUGAGUCCGAUGAAGUAGUCACCGUCGUGCAAGCCGUCCCUGGGCACGAGGCACAUGCCGUCUUCGAGACAGAAGAGCUCCAGGAUGCUCGCCUGGUCCUCGGCAGUCGUGGGAGUGGCCAGGUGCGCCUUCUCGCCCUCACAGAUGGCCUCUCGCCCUCACAGAUGCACCAGCUUCAGAAUCCUCAACCAGCUUCACAGAUUGGCUGACACCUGGC